AUUUAGCACUAUAAAUAGGACCUUUAUUAUCUCAUACUUUCUUUAAGUACAUCUCAAUUGAUAUCUACUAUACUCUUCCUUAUUAGCCAGCCCUAGCUAGGAAACUAAAGAGAAAUUGAUAAGUCAUCAUGUCUGACCAUCAUAACAAAGCUGCUCGGUGGUCCACUGGCCUCUUCGACUGCUUCUCCGAUUGCAAAAGCUGCUGCAUAACUUGUUGGUGCCCUUGUGUGACUUUUGGCCGAGUUGCAGAGAUCGUAGACAAAGGAUCCACAUCAUGUGGAGCAAGUGGAGCUCUGUACACACUGAUAACGAUUCUGACAGGAUUUGGUUGCUUAUAUUCGUGCUGCUAUAGAUCAAAGAUGAGAGCCCAACUGGGUUUCAAGGGCAACUCUUGUACAGAUUGCUUGGUCCAUAGCUUUUGUGAAGGCUGUGCCUUGUGCCAAAUGUACCGUGAGCUCCAGAACCGCGGUUACAACAUGGAACUUGGAUGGCAAGGAAAUGUGGAGGAGAAAAAUCGUGGGAUGGGAAUGGGACCUAUUGCUCCAACUGUGGAAGGAGGCAUGACUCGUUAAAUAUAUUUAUAUAUAUAUAUAAUUAUUAGCUUCUUCUAUGUUUAAUAAUGGGUGAAAAUAUAUAUCUUUUUGUUUUAUCACUUUUGCAAAAUGGUAUUAUUUCUUUUUAAUUGUUUUAACAAAAUGGUUGUAAUGUGGAGAAUUUCCACUAGAGUGUUGAGUGUAUUUAGAAGGCAUGUUGUAAAUGAGAUUAUUGUGUAAAGUAACUAUAAGAAUAAUGUUAUUUUGUCAAAUAACACCCCAUAUCAAUUAUGUAUUUAAAUAAUUGAUAUAGUAUGUACUGUGUUUGUAUUAUCACCAUGUAUGUUGAAAUAAUAUUGGAAUAAUUUCUCAGCUA